CCCUUUUGUUAUAUAGGGUGACUUAUACUACACAGCCAAUACCAAAGAGCGACGACCUCAAAUCUGAUACUAUUAACGUAACAAUCAUACUCAAGAUUUUAGUCUAAACUAAACUAGGAGUAGUGGCGCCAAUUCAUGACCAUACAGAUGAUGAGAUGAAGAAGCUACUGUACUCCAUAAAACCAUCGACGCCUUUGUUUUUGAUACUAUUGUUCUUGAGAAGGGAGCACCGAUACUUUUGAUGCAAGUGGCAAAUGGUACGCGGUUUCAGUGGGGUUAUAAAUAGAAGCAGCCCCCAAUUCUCACAAAGCAAUUGACCUUCAUAAUCUCACAAACCCACUAUUCCAGUAAUCCCCAUUCGCACAAGCACCACCACCGCCACCAGCAGUAUCUAUCGCCGGCCAAGAACAGGAAGAUGAAGAAGGCUUCGUCGCUAUCGCAGCUGGGGUUCGACGCGGACGGCGCGUCGUCGGGCUUCUUCCGGCCGGUGGCCGACGGCGCCUGCACGCCGUCGUCGCACCGGCGCCGUCUGACCAAGGUGUCGGUGAUCGGCGCGGGCAACGUGGGCAUGGCGAUCGCGCAGACCAUCCUGACGCGCGACCUCGCCGACGAGAUCGCGCUGGUGGACGCGCUCCCGGACAAGCUCCGCGGGGAGAUGCUGGAUCUGCAGCACGCGGCGGCGUUCCUGCCGCGCACGCGCCUGGUGUCGGACACGGACCUGGCCGUGACCAAGGGGUCCGACCUCGCCAUCGUCACCGCCGGCGCGAGGCAGAUCCCGGGGGAGACGCGGCUGAACCUGCUGCAGCGGAACGUGGGGCUGUUCAGGAAGAUCGUGCCGGCGCUGGCGGAGCACUCGCCGGAGGCGCUGCUGCUGAUCGUGUCCAACCCCGUGGACGUGCUGACCUACGUGGCUUGGAAGCUGUCGGGGUUCCCGGCCAGCCGCGUCAUCGGAUCGGGCACCAACCUCGACUCGUCGAGGUUCCGGUUCCUCCUCGCCGAGCACCUCGACGUCAACGCCCAGGACGUGCAGGCGUACAUGGUGGGUGAGCACGGUGACAGCUCAGUGGCGGUGUGGUCGAGCGUCAGCGUGGCGGGGAUGCCGGUGCUCAAGUCGCUGCAGGAGAGCCACAGCAGCUUCGACGAGGAGGCGCUGGAGGGCAUCCGCCGCGCCGUCGUCGACAGCGCCUACGAGGUGAUCAGCCUCAAGGGCUACACAUCCUGGGCCAUCGGCUACUCCGUCGCCAGCCUCGUCGCCUCCCUCCUCCGCGACCAGCGCCGCAUUCACCCAGUGUCUGUGCUGGUAAGGGGAUUCCACGGCAUCCCGGCAGAAAACGACGUGUUCCUCAGCCUCCCCGCCAGGCUCGGCCGCGGCGGCGUGCUCGGCGUCGCGGAGAUGGAGCUCACCGAGGAGGAGGCCAAGAGGCUCCGCCGCUCGGCCAAGACGAUCUGGGAGAACUGCCAGCUCCUCGGCCUCUAAUUAAUUAAUUACGUACUUCGGUCUUCAUUAUUGUUGAUCGUGACAAGUACAUGAGUGAUGCUACGUACGUACGUACGUGUUUCUGUUCAAUAAAAUUAGAUCUCGUGCUUUCUAAUUACAUUGCUAUUUGGUUUGGUUCAUUGUAUGACCGAUACAGUUAACCUUAUUCUUAAUUUGUUGUUGUUGUUGAAAUGAACAAUUAAUAUGUGUUGCGUUUGUAAA